UAACAAUCCUAGUGAUGAUCCCGACAGUAAGAGUUCCUGCCAACUUUGGUAGAGAAUUGAUCAACUCCCCAGUACAUGGUAACCUGGUGCUGAAUCUGAAAGAUGGAUCAGUGUUGAAAGUAAACUCAGUCAUAAUGUCCCUCAACAGUCCAGUUAUUGGAAAUAUGACCACCAAUCUUUGUCAGUCUACACUCGAGAUGGAUGACUUUAGUGUUCAAGCAGUACAUUGUUUUGUUGAUGCAAUGUACUCUGGUGAAUCUGAGAUGCUGGAGAGAGUAAACUUUGAGGACGUUAACAAGAUGGCCCACGUUUUUGGUGUGGGGCUGGUUUAGAAGGAAAUGUUUAAAGUUCUUUAAAACAGAUGUUCUGAACUUUGAGAACAAUUCAUAUGAGGAGAUUCUGUUUGCCUGUGAGAUUGCCAGUCGAGCAUACUUCAAUCUGAAACAGAGCAAGUUUGUGGGUCUACUUGUCAGAAACAUGACGUCCAGGAACAUAGGAAAAAGGGUAUUUUUACGGAAAUACAUGUCCAACUUUGCUGAGCUAUCAAAACGUCAGAUCAACAUGUCAAUUCAGAUAGCUGGUAGAGAAUUGAACAUUCUGUUUGAUUGUUUAAUCAGUUAUCUCACGUUUGGGUUGAAGUACACAGGAUUUGAUGAGAACUCUUUGUAUUUACUUGAACAAGUAGAUAUGAGACUAUUUCAGCAAAGAUAUCCGGACCAGUUUGUUGAAGUUGUGGACCUGAUAACUGAACUGUCGGAAGGAUCUGAGAGUGGUAAAGUGAAAGAGUUGGUAGAAAAGGUGGUCAAGUUGAGGAGUGAAGUUGUAGCUGGUGGUUCUGAUGAGGUGCUAGAAGACAGUCAAUGUAGUGGAGAUUCAGAAGAUAGUGAUGAUGGAGAUGUACAGGAGGGUUGUAGACACGUUGCCACUCAAACUGAUGAGGUUAAAACAGGUUGGAUACAGCCUGUACGUGGCACAUACUACCCCCUGUUACCAGACGAACCAAUACAGUUCAUAACAACAGAUAAUGAGUUACAGAGUUAUAUUCGUGUGGUAAGACUAGUCACCAGGUUUGGUUGA